AUGGUACCAUGGUGGGACUGCGACUCCGUAUAUUGCGGCUUUUGGAAUAAUAAAAGUAAUCAUCCUGUCCUUCGUGGGACCGUGACGCUACCAAAUCAAUGGGCUCUGGUUCUUGUCGGUUUUUUCACCGUACUCAUCACGAUCAUCGGCCGCUGCCUGUGGCGCACGAUCGCCUUUGUCGUCCACCAAGUCAACUCUUCAAGCAAACCGCAGCUUGGUUCGCACCAUCAGCUACAACUCAUGCUCCGUAACACCGAGAGUAGCGCCUCUGUCAUCAGCCACCUGAGCAGGAUAGCAUGGGCACACCGCCACGGCGGGUCCAAGGUCUAUUGCAAGAGCGUGGUCUUGUUAUUAUUUGCAAGUCUGUACGCUCUUAUUUUUGCGCUAGGAGGUGGCUUCUCGAUCACAAUUAUCGCCGCUCGGGAUCCGAGUGUGCUUACCAUUGACCGGCACUGCGGCUGGGUCCAAGAAGCUACCUAUCUAAACCCACCGGAACCCACGCCCGACAACUCCUACUCCAUCCCAAGAGAAAAGCUGUACGAACACAUGAAUAUAAUCACCGUCAUGCUGCGUAAAGCCUUGCGCAGAAGUGCUAGUCACUCGCGGUCUUGCUACGGCCAUUUCGGAGAAAAGUCAACAGCUUGCAACAACCUCGUGCAGCCAUCCUUGCCUUUCAUUGUCAAUCGGAAUGUAACGUGUCCUUUCAAUGAGAAGGCAUGCAAUGGCCCCGCUAUCUCCCUUGAUACGGGUAAGCUGCGUUCCGAUAUUCAUCUGGGAGUCAACACACGUCCGGAGGAUGCUCUCUCCGUGAGAAAGGUUCUCACAUGCGUACCUCUGGCUGGGGAGAAGUACACGACUGGUUGGCAGCAGAUAAUACCAGAGAUAGCUUUUGCAACAAGUCUACCACUCGACACGAAAGUAAAGUCCUACGCGUUUGGUCCGCAGACGAUGACCCUUGGGCAGCCUGUUAGCGGCUUAAAUUACACCUCUGGCAUGGACGAGAUUCAAUGGAUGCAAGGUGUUCAGUCUUACAGUCUUCAAAUCAGUAGUGCCAUCCUUGACCUACCUCCGAACCCGGUCUGGAGUCAGUUCACACCAAUCGAUGACUUAUUAAACACAACGGCAGAUACUACUGUUAUCGGGUUGACAAAUAGGAACCUGUUCAGUGCCUCAGUCUCAGAUCCUUGGUUUCGCGCAGAUAAUUGCACUGUGUUCCAGGGGUCAUUGACUCCCAUGAAUUGCGUAGCGCCGAGUCCGCUGUCCUUCCUUGGCUGUCAAGAGCAAUAUCAGUUUUGCAAAGCAGGUUCAGCCGACUCUUCUGCGAUAUCGAAUCCUGUAACCGAAGGUUUACAUUCUUGUACUCCACUUACUGGCCUCUACAAACUCUUUCCAGAUCUCUUAUUCGCCAAUAGAGCCCGAUGGAACGGUACCACACUUACAGACUUCAAUCCUACUCAGAAGGCCCUCUACUACUUUUUAGCAAAGAUAUUAUCAAACAGCCAGCUGCAGUGGCAGCUCGGAUUCAUUGGCCAGGAGAACCUGAUCGCGCAAGAUGCACUUUGGGAUGGCGGGUUUGGUUUCAAGAUGUCUGCAAACCUGCCUUCAAAUCAAUGGGAAACCGAGGUCAUGAACUGGAUGAACGUAUCUCUCUCGAACACACAACGUGGAACUGUGGCAUACAGUCGCCCCAGUGAAUACAAUGUCAGCAGCACCAGCUCAAGCUUGCAGUACGUCGAACAACCACAGGAUCCAGAAUUGCGCAACCUUUGCGGCAGUAUCAAGAUACGUAGUGCACGGCAUACCUCUUUCUCUGUCAUCUACAUGGCAGCUACUAUCUCGUUUGGCCUUUUGUGCAUUCUUUGCAGCUAUGUCAUCCGGCCGUUGUUCACUUGGAUACAACGCCACACAGGGCACGGUCUCUACAAGACUCAAGAGUGGAUGGAAUCAUCCACAUUCCAGUUGCAACGCAUAGCAGCUGAAGGCAGAGGUAUAGGGCCUUGGACAGGGAAAGAAAGCGACGUGCCGACUUUGGUGGAACCGGAAUCUCGGUUCAGCUUGGCUGGUGGACGACAGCAUGGCGAUGUCGAGUGGAAUUUGGACUUCGUUGGCAACAAUGGGUACGGAGUUCAAUAUCAAUCUCUAAAGGAUUUGAUGCGACAGUAA